AUGGAGAGGAAACUCUAUGAAGCAUCAAUGAGAGGUGACGUUACUUCACUAAAGGAGUUACUUGAAGAGGACCCUAUGCUUCUUAUUCGAGUGAUUAUUAGCUUCGAAUAUGAAAAUCCUUUAGGCAUAGCAGCUAUGUGUGGUCAUGUGGAGUUUGCUGCACAGAUUCUACGUAUGAAGCCUGAACUCGCCACCCAUUCAGACCAAAAAGGGUUAUGUCCUCUACAUUUAGCUGCCCAAGGAAAUAGUGUUUCCAUGGUUAAAGUGCUAAUUGAAGCAAAUCCAGAUGUUUGUGGCUUUACCGAUCAAGACGGAAGAAGACCUUUACACUUAGCCGCCAUGAAAGAUCGAACUGAAAUCGUGAAGAUUUUAAUUCAGAAACAGCCGAAAGCAAUCCAAAUGCUUUCUGAAUAUCGAAGUGAGACCAUUUUACACUUAUGCGUUAAGCAUAACGGUUUGGAUGCUCUGAAGCUCUUGGUGGAUAAGCUGAGAAAUCAACAUGUCAAUGAAGAAUCUAUAUUCUUAGCAUCCGAAGGUGAAAACAAAGGAUCUAUAUCUGUCAACUCAAAGGACGCUGAUGGUAACACAAUAUUGCAUCUCGCUGUUGCAAGAAGAAACAUGAAGAUUAUAAAAUACUUGCUGAAUAGUGACACAGGACUAGUUGAACAAAAUGCUGUAAACAAUAAGGGUUUCACGGCAAUGGAUAUUUUGAUAAAGAGUGAUCAAAGAGAGUUAAAGGAUAUGGAAGUCCAAGAUAUUCUUCGAGAAGCUGGAGUUUUACAAUCUGAUGUCCUACAACAGUUCACAGGAUCUCAGCAAGAUGAUCAGCUGCCAGAAAACCGUCCAAAAGAUGAAAUUAAUAUAACUAAAGGGAAGUACAAGCUUGAUGAGAAGUAUGAAGCAUGGCUGAAGGACAAUAAAAACUCACUAAUGGUGGUAUCGUCACUAAUAGCUACUAUGGCCUUUCAAGGUGCAUUAAACCCACCCGGUGGUGUCUGGCAAGAAACUAAAGAACUCCAUAAUGAUGGGAGUAUUACUGCCGUAGAUCCCAAUUACAGUGUUACUGCUAAUAUAUCUGAAUAUCGUAGUCUUAUUGAUCCUGAUUUUCUUGGUUAUUUAUAUGCUGGGUCAGCCGUGAUGUCGCUUGAACACAUGGUUGCUUAUAUAUUUUACAUGAUUUUUAUCAGCCUUGGGUUUUUCGCUGCUAUGUGUGUGAUCUUUCUUCUUUUAAGCGGGUUCCAUUUUAAGCGAAAAAUUCUGGGAAGAUUUUUUGUGAGGUUACUUAUAGCAGUUCUUUGGUCUGUGGUCACGUUCAUGACUAUAGCUUACUUUCUCUCCUUGCAAGCUUUCGUGCCUCCAGGACGCUACGAUGUUCGGCAGGUUCUUGUGUUUUUUAAUACCGAAGCGUUCGGUAUUGCUUUGUUUGCAUGGCUAGGGCUCAUGGGGUUAAUCAUGUUCGUGCACAUCAUUCGCUUCAUCAUAUGGCUGCUCAGGAAGCUUAGAAUUCUAAAGAAAAGAGAUGCAGAAAGCGGAUAG